GCCCUUCUUGAACUAUUAGGCUAUAAUAUAUUUUUGCAUUUCAUUAUAAAAUUCUGUUGUUUCACUUGUUUCAAUAUUAUUUUUCACUAAACCUGAAAUUCUUGUUUAGAUUGAGGCUUAUCAAUAACGCAUCUGUAUUUGUACGUGGUGGUGAUGCUGCUGAUUGAGAAAUAGAAAAGAAAAGAAUGAAGAGAAAUAGUAUUUACCUUGAAAGUUUAAUUUUGUUUUGGGUAAUUAGUUAAAAGUUUAAUUUUUGUUUAGGAGAUUGGAUAGAAAAGUGAAAAAUAGGGCAUGAAAACUGUAAAGGUUUUCGAGAAUGGUCUGAAGAAGAUGAUUUGCACUAAAUUUUACAGUUUUAUUUAGAAAUCAAAGGAAAAAAGGAAAUAAAAGGAAAGGAAAGAUUAGAGAAAGAGAAAGCUUAUUAGCAUUGGCCAUGUAAAUGUGGGACCCAUUCUACUUGCCACUUCAGCCAUUUUUAAGGAUUACAGUACCCUUACAUCUCUAGUAAUGAGGAGGGGCAUGAAGUAAGGUUUUCUCACUGGUUAAAUGUUUAAGUGCACCCAAAAAUAUUUUAAGGGCUAAUCCACUCUUUCCACCAAAUAUUAGGGGGAAAAACACCUUUUACCUUUUCAAUUUCAAGGAUUCUCAAAUCCAAAAGAAGAAGCCACACUCUUGUGAAUUUCCCUAGCUGGAAUCAUGUAAACUUCUGAGGACAAAUUGAAGAUUGGCUCAUUUUUAUAUCGUAUUGUCUGUUAAUAUAGAUGCCUUUUGGCUCAUUGCCUUUCUCUUUGGGCUUUUGAGUGAUAUGAUUUAGCUAAUGGAGACCACAGAUUGCUUCUCUAUUUCUAUAAUUAUCAUCAUUAGCCUAGUUUUGGUUGUGAUCACUCGCAUUAUCUAUGUUCUUUAUCGAACUGGAAAACCCAUGCACCCUAAAUCCCUAAAGCCAAUGAGUACUUUGAUUAUUUUGGGUUCAGGGGGACACACUGCCGAGAUGAUUAAUGUGUUGGGCAUACUUCAAAAGGAUAGGUUUAUGCCUAGAUUUUAUAUUGCAGCUGCUACUGAUAAUAUGAGUCUGCAAAAAGCUCGCGUGUUGGAGGACACUUUUGUUGAUACGCCUGGGGGCAAGGAAAUCUCUGCAAAGUUCAUGCAGAUCUACAGGAGCAGGGAAGUUGGCCAGUCAUACAUCACCUCCAUUGGGACAACUUUAUUAGCUAUUGCUCAUGCAUUGUGGCUGAUGAUUAAAAUCAGACCCCAAGUGGUUCUUUGCAAUGGUCCUGGGACUUGUAUUCCUCUAUGUGUAAUUGCAUUCCUAUUCAAGGUGGUAGGGAUUAAGUGGUCAACCAUUUUUUAUGUUGAGAGUAUAGCCAGAGUACAAAGGCUCUCCUUAAGUGGUUUGCUUCUCUACAAGUUGUGCAUAGCUGAUCAGUUUUUUGUGCAGUGGCCACAACUACAGAGAAAAUAUCCUCGAGCUCGCUAUGUUGGUAGACUGAUGUAGCUGUUCAUAUUCUGAUGCUGUCACGUACUUAAUGGAACAUCCAAGAUAACUCAGAGUUCAGUCUGCGAUUUUGAAGAUAUAUGGAGUGAUAUUCUAGUGUUUGGUCUCAUGUUUCAGUUGCAUGCGAGAAUUAGAUAUAUGGAUGCACUAUGUUUGCUCAGGAGAUUGAGAGUGAUCAAUUCCACAGUUUUCUUACUGCAUAAAUUUGUUUACUAAUUUGAUAUACUUUUAAUGCGAAUUCUUUUGGCAUAGUUA